UCUGUGAUCGUCAGACCCGCACAUAACACGCAUGGCGUCCCCAUUGCCCGGCCCCGGCGUUGUGCCGGCGCUGCCGCUCCUCCAGGCCGCCGCCAAGGCGUGCGGCGAGCUCCCCACCCGCUCGCUCACGACGGCCCCUGGGCUCUCGUACCACCUCGACCUGACGGCCGACGGCAUGAGCGCCGACGAGCUGCGCGACUUCUUCACAGCCGCCCUCGCCGCGUCGCGCAAGAAGGAGCCGAUCGUCGAGACGGGCAACCGGUACGGCGUCUGCGACGACUUCCACCGCCUCAAUGGCGAGCUGCUCAUGCUCGAGUUCAAGCAGUCGCCGGCUUGGGCCGCGCUGUCAACCACCGACCAGGCGCGGGCCGAGGCCUUCCUCGGCAUCGUGCUCUACAGCCCGGAGCUGCGCAGCCGCAACCCGCUCCACCCCAGCGUCCUCGAUGCGUGCGUCAUCGGCAACCUCCUCAACUUCCCAAAGCACGUCCUCGGGCUCCCGUUCGCCGCCUACGCCACCGACGGCAACGAGGCGCUCUCGCUGGUGCUCUACUCGUACCGGCAGCGAGCGGAGGCCGCGGGGGCGCCGCCUCCGCACCGCCUCCUCUAUCUCGUCGACGGCCCCGACAGCGCGCCUCCGCCGCCCGACGCGGCCCGCUGCGCCCAGCGCCUCGGCAUGCAGAUGGAGGUGGCGGCGGGACUGGAGGCGCUGGGCGCGGCGCUGCGAGGAGGCGCACCCCCGUGCGCGGUUGUGGCGCCCUUUGGCUGCGAGCCGCUCGACGCCGCCUCCGCGCUCUGCUCCGAUCGAGGGGUCGGCCUCCACCUGCUUGUGAGCGACAGCGAGUGGCGCGGCAUCUUUGCGGCGCACGCGGAGCCGGUGCACUACGCGCUGCCCGCGGGCGUGACUUCGGUCUCGAUCCAGGAGGGGAUGAUGCGGUGCGGCUACUCGCUCUACCGCGACGCGGAGCUGCGAGACCUGCACUUCGACGUCGCGCUCGCGUGGCAGACCGCGUACCUCUCCCCGAACGAGGGAGGCUCGGGCGCGUCGACGCCGCUCUUUGUCGACUUUUGCGUGCUCAUGCUCGGCUGGCGCGCUCUGCGCGGCAUCGCGUCCGCCCCCGCGGCGGCGGCAGGCGGCGGCGGCGGCGCGUCGCUGCAGCCCACGCCCGCGCCCGCCGCCGCGCCGCAGCUGGCGGGCCUUCCCGAGGGAGGGGCGCCGUACGCCGAGAUCCGCGGGUGGGCGGAGCGCUGUUUGGCGGACGAGGAGGUGGGGCGGGGGGCGCUCGAGGCGCAGCUGCUCGGCUUCCAGCGCCACUUUCUGGGCGGCAUGGACAAGCCGCUCGAGGUGAUCACGACGGGGGGGGGCACCCGCUCGAUCAACAUCGCCUUUGAGGCGAUCCUCCAGCGCGCCCGCGCGGAGAGGGGCUGCGGCGGAGGAGGCCGCAGCAGCCGCGCCGUUGGCGGCGGCGGGGUCGCCUCCUCCGCUGCCGCCGGCGGGCGGGUGCGAGUGCUGACCGGCAACCCUCACCUGGCGGUGGAGCGGGCGGAGCGGCGGUUUGGCUUCGAGCUCGUCCGGCUGUACGACUGCGGCACGCUCGACACGCGCCGGCUCGCCGUCGAGAUUCGCGACCCGCGCGUGGUUGCUGUCUACAGCCAGACGCUGUCGUACACGGACGGCAUCUCGGACGACCUCGAGGCGAUCCUCGCGAUAGUGGAGGCGGAGAACGAGCGGCGGAGCGGCGCCGGGCUGCCGCUCGUCACGCUCGUCAACGACUCGUGCCUCGCGUUUUGCGUGCUGGUGCACAACGACGGGCGAGGCGGGCGCGGCUGCCUACGGCUGCUCGACCUCGCCGGCGCGCGCUGCACCACGCCGCUCAUCGUCACGCUCGACGCGC